AUGUUUCAUCAUUUAGGAAAGAUGAGGAAGCAUCAAGAGACCCAUAAGCGUGACAUUUAUCAAAAAACCAGCAAUGUAUUUAUUAAAGGAUUACAAAGGUUAUUCAUUAUUUGCCUGUUCCUUUUAGGUUCACUGAGUAUCGUGAUCUUUCAGGUCUGUUUGCAGCUGCUUCUUCCCUGGAGCAAAAUUAAGCUACAGAAUGGUAUGAAUCAAAGUAAGAAAGCCUUUAUCAUUUUAUUGUGCUUGAUUUUAAACAUGGUCGCACCCUCUUCUUUGAAUGUUACUUUCGAAACAUCGCACCCAUUAAAGAUUUCAUCUAAUACGAUGUCGCACUUUAAAUUUAAAGACAGAGCUAUAAUCAUUGCCAAUCAUCAGAUGUAUGCAGAUUGGAUUUACCUCUGGUGGCUUUCCCUUGUCUCAAAUUUGGGUGGUAACGUCUUCAUCAUUCUGAAGAAGACUUUAAAGUAUGUCCCGCUAUUGGGAUUUGGCAUGCAGAACUUUAAAUUUAUAUUUUUAAGUAGAAACUGGCAAAAGGAUGAGGAAACCUUGACUAACAGCUUGGUUUCCAUGGACAUGAAUGCAAGGUGCAUGGGGCCCCUUACGGAUUAUAAGAAUUGUUACUCCAACACAAAUGAAUCUGUUGCCGCUUAUAAUUUAAUCAUGUUCCCUGAGGGAACAAACCUAAGCCUCAAGACAAGAGAAAAAAGUGAGGCAUACCGCCAAAGAGCACAUUUGAGUCAUGUUCAAUUAAGGCAUCUCUUACUACCGCAUUCUAAAGGUUUGAAGUUUGCACUGGAAAAGUUAACUCCUAGUUUAGAAGCAAUUUAUGAUGUCACUAUUGGGUAUUCUCCUGCAUUGAAAACAGAAUAUGUUGGCACCAAAUUCACAUUAAAGAAGAUAUUUUUAAUGGGUAUAUACCCAGAGAAAGUAGAUUUCCAUAUAAGAGAGUUCAAAGUAAAUGAGAUACCCUUACAAGAUGAUGAAGCUUUUUUCAAUUGGCUGCUGGAUGUAUGGAAAGAGAAAGAUGAACUACUCGAAAACUAUUACAACACAGGUUAUUUUAAAGGUAAUGACAAAAACAAGAAUCCAUCCGCCGUAAUUACCAAACAAACAAAAGGAUUUCAUCAUGACUCCCUGGCACCCUGGAUUCUUUCGUACUACUGUUUUUUCGCUUUUCUUAUCCUUUUAUUUACAAUGAAAAAACUUCUCGAGCUAACCUUGAGUUAA